CACUUCCUGUACUAUAGGAAGUGCCACGGUAGCAAAACACUGCAUGCCAGCCUUCAUUCAUUGAUGGUCGUGCAAGACAGGCUUCGGAUAAGUUUUCUUUUGUUCUUCUUAUUGCAGGACAAUUAAAGUGGAAGUAUGCUGGCGUACAUCUGGCAGUACUUGUACUCAACCUAUUUGAGGUACUGGGUCAAGUGGCUCAUCAGGCAGGUGACCAGGACGUGUGAGCUGCAGAGAAUAUGCUCCGGAUACGGGCCGGGCGCAACCAGAACAAUAAAUACUGAAUAUUCCCUCAAGUAUUCAAAAAGCAAGCUUCUACGAGGUGCUCUGGUCAGCAGGAAGGAGCACUUAGGGAACCAUGUGGAGCAAAUAAUGAAGGAGAAGAACAUCAAAGUGCAGACAAAUCCGCUAUUUAAAGAAAGCCUGCACGCCUCGCUGCUGCAGAUCACGGGGUACAAUAACCUCUACGAAUCUGUGGAAGACGUCAGGAAAGAGGCGUUCUGCCCGGAGAACCCUCAACACGAGGCCAUGCUGUUAAAGCUUUGGGAGCUGCUCAUGCCCAGCAUCAAACUGGAGUCCAGGGUGACUAAGCAGUGGGGGGACAUCGGCUUCCAAGGGGACGACCCCAAGACGGACUUUCGAGGAAUGGGCAUGCUGGGCCUCAUGAAUCUUCUCUUCUUCAGUGAACACUACACACAAGAAGCUCGCCUGGUGUUAUCUCAUGCCAACCAUCCAAAACUAGGGUACUCAUACGCCAUCGUAGGGAUCAACCUGACCGAAAUGGCGUUCAGUCUGCUAAAGAGCGGCGCUCUCAAAGCUCAUUUCUAUAACGCAGUGUCCGGCACCCCCGAGCUACGACACUUUCAUCAGCUGUACUGCUACCUGGCAUUUGAAUUUGACAAAUUCUGGCUGGCAGAGGAACCUGAAAGCAUCAUGCUGUUUAACCAGUACAGGGAAAAGUUCCACCACGUGGUACGGAACCUCCUAACCGACCCCCAUGUGUGUCUCACGUUGAGCGCUACAUCUAAAAACUAAAGGUACACCAGCGUGGAAGCCGACUGAACAAGACACCAGCACAGAACUCUGGUAAUUAGAGGCAAUAAACAUUAUUCUGAUCAUUGAGUCCGAAGAUAUUUGUGGAAAAUGGUCAUGAAAUAAUAGUAAUAAUUCAACUAGUGUUGCACCGAUACCAUUUUUUGGCUCCGGAUACAGAUUCCGCUCCCUGGCUAUGCGGUAUCGGCAAAUCCUGAUACUGUACUGAUACCAAGUUUUUUGAAAAAGCAUACAAAAAUAUUUUUUCUUUUACUGCUAGAUUACUGCAUACUCGAAUGUAGCAAAAUAUCUAUCAUUACUUGGUCAGAAACUGCUUAACAACCUUUUGUGCCUACAUGAGAUGUGUGAAAAUAAAUGAACUCCUCUAAAUGUUCAAUUUCAGGGCAUUUCAGGUCAUUUCCUGAUGAUUUUUGGUGACUUUUUUGGGGGGCAUUUUCAGGCGACUUUCUGUUGAAUUCAGUUUACUGAAAAGGAAGUGACCCAAGAAUGUCCCCAAAUGAAUAGGAAGUAACCUGUAAAUGCCCUAAAAUGAUCAAGCGAGAAGCUAGCAAGAAACAGUGCUCUGGCGUCAGUGCCAUUGACGGCGCUAGACAUCCAAUCCAGUCAAAGUGAAUUUGAUGUAGGGCUGCAGCUAUCGAUUUUUUUAGUAGUCGAUUAAUCGAUGAAGCAGUUAGUUCGAGUAAUCGAUAUUAAACAUAAAAAAUUAAAAUACCUGAGCUGAGCCUUAAACGGUAUGAAAAAAUAAAUAAAUAUGGAUCUAUGUACAACAAAAGAACAAUUGGCUGAAGUGUGCUAGCUUAAAUGCUAUAAUAUGCUAACUUUUUUUUAACAAUGCUCUUAACAAAUGGUCCAGACACGUAUUCCCACAAAAAAAAAAAAAAGGCCAAAUAUACCUAUGAACUAAAUUAUGAAUGAAUUAAAAAACAUUAGCUCAAACGAAAACCUAGCUUAUGUUGCUCUUAACAGGGAGCAGCUGGAUUAAGCUAUGUGAAAUGAAGCAGACUAGAUGGCAGUGUAUCCACCCAAAUUAAUAAAACUAAAUGAAAACACUUUUAAAACAAACCAUUACACCAUUUUAACUAAACGCAUACUCGAAGAAGCGAGUUAAUCGAUUCAUAGUUGCAGCAGUAAUAUAAUGUCUAGCGCCGUCCAUGUCAGCCAAUGAGAUAACGUUAACACUCGAUCGCUGCACUAGACGUCCAAUUCCUUUUGACCGGGAGGGGCGCAAAUGAACAAAAAAAAAAAACGCCAUGAAAAACACACAUUAAAAAAAAACUGAAAAAAUUGCAGAAAAAACCCCCUGCAAAACCUAAAAAUUGGCAACCCCGCAAACCCCCCCCCGCCCAAAAAAAGGACCCCCCCUGUACCAAUAUGAGGGAAAAAAAGGUCAUUUAUUUAAUAUUUUAGAUUUAACCGUGAUGGCGCACUCAUUGGCUGCCAUGAACGGCACUAGAUGUUCACUCCAUGUUGACUGGGAGGUGCAAAUGAACAUCCUCAGAAUUUUUGACAUCAGGCUUAAUCUUCGAGUUAGCGAGGGUUGAAUUAGUCGGUGGAGGUGAUUUCAACAAAUUCCGUGCAAUAUGUAAGUUCUGCAGGACUAUUUUUUUAGAUGUGUAAUACGACCACAAUAGAGAGGAAUGCUUCAGCCACUCGUGCUAACGCUGCAUUCCAGGAAGGUGGGAAGUCGAGUCAAGUUGUGACCUCAAAGUGUUCCAAGCAAAUGUAAACAGCAAAGAUGGCCGAUCGCCAAAAGUUGUUUUUAAUUUUUUCCCUCAAAAGACAUUCUGAACUCCAGCAAACCUGCCUUCUCGUAAGCGAUCAAAUAGUGGAAGCAUUCCAAUAAUUUUCCAGAUCGAAGGUUGGAAACUCUGACUUCCCGCCUUCCUUGAAUGCAGCAUCAGUCUGCUGAGUUAACUGACGGCCGAUGACAUGGUGACAUGUGCAUUUAGAAGGAAACAGACAGAAGAAAUGGGCAAAGGGAAAAAUUCCACAAACUCCCUAUGAAGAACGAGGACUAUUAUCAACUGGUUACUUGCUGCAGUCUCUGCAAUGUUUAAAAAAUAAAAAUAAAAAAUUAGCUCAUCACUUAUGCUAGCAAAUGACACAAGUUUGCUAGCCUGCUUUUGCCAGCUUUCCCCCCUAGCAAAACUAACAUCUUUAAAGAUCCUCAUGUCAAUGUUCAUGAAACUUCAAAUCCAAACUGCUAUUACCAUUUAACAUUUACAUUUAUCCACCUUUUAUAAAGCAGACAUGUCCAAAGUCCGGCCCGGGGGCCAAAUGCGGCCCGUGGUCAAAUUUCAUCCGGCCCCCAGCCUCUGUCAUAAAACGUCUGGCCCGUACACAGACUUAAAAAAUUGGUCAGCAGUACUGCAACCAGCAUAUGAAGUAGCUUACACACGAAAUGCUGCUCCUCAUUUACCCACUAAAAGGCAGCAGCACUUUAACCCUUUAUUGCCAAAUGUAUCACAUUUGAUACACCUAAAAUUUAAUGAUUUUGAGACUGAUUUAGAAUUUUGACAUUUCUUUUUGAAAAACAAAAAAAAUGAUGGAUGCAAGUCAACACAUGCAUCUGCAAAUUCCAUGAGAAAAAAAACAUUUAGCAUGGGUUAUAGAUAAUAGAGCACUUAUUACUAGGGCUGUCAAAUGAUUACAAUUUUUAAUCGAGUUAAUUACAGCUUAAAAAUUAAUUAAUCGCAAUUAAUCGCAAUUCAAACCAUCUAUAAAAUAUGCCAUAUUUUUCUGUAAAUUAUUGUUGGAAUGGAAAGAUAAGACACAAGAUGGAUAUAUACAUUCAACAUACGGUACAUACAUAAGUACUGUAUUUGUUUUUUAUAACAAUAAAUCAACAAGAUGGCAUUAUCAUUAUUAACAUUCUGUUAAAGUGAUCCAUGGAUAGAAAGACUUGUAGUUCAUAAAAGAUAAAUGUUCGUACAAGUUAUAGAAAUUUUGUAUUAAAACCCCUCUCAAUGUUUUCGUUUUAAUAAAAUUUGUAAAAUUUUCAAUCAAAAAAUAAACUAGUAGCCCGCCAUUGUUGAUGUCAAUAAUUACACAAUGCUCAUGGGUGCUUCAGCCCAUAAAAUCAGUCACACCCAAGCGCCAGCAGAGGGCGACAAAACUCCCAAAAACACAAGUAACAAGUUGGCAUUGCACUGUGCUGUCAUUUUAAUCUGUUUGAGCGGGGCAUGUGCGUUAAUUGCGUCAAAUAUUUUAACGUGAUUAAUUUAAAAAAUUAAUUACCGCCCGUUAACGCAAUAAUUUUGACUGCCAUACUUAUUACACAAAUUCAUUUUGACUUUUCUUUUUACAAAUUUGAAAAAAAGGUUUCAUUAGGACCUUAUUUUUCAAAUUUUGGGAUUCUCUGAUAAUUGCUUCAUGUUGCAGGUAUUUAAGGGCUAAGCAACAUUACCCCAUGUGAGCCAUUACUUCCAUUUUUUAAAAUGGCGACAACAAAAAACAGAAAGUUGACUGUGACGGCCGACGCUUCAAGGAUGGGUGGAAAUUGGACUAUUUCUUCACUAAAAUACGCAACAACUGUGUCUGCCUCAUUUGCAAAGAGACAGUCGCUGUUUUUAAAGAUUUCAGUGUUAGGCGAUAUUACCAAACAAGACUAUCUGACAUGUACGACUAAAUUACACGGAAGAUACGCAGCGAGAAAUUGAAGCAACUUGAAGCUAGUUUACUUUCACAGCAGCACUAUUUCGCAAAUGCCCGAGAGUCGAAAGAGAACGCCACAAAGGCUAGUUGCAAGAUUGUUGAAAUGAUUAAUUAUAAAAAAAAUGAUCAAGCAAAUGUGCCACAUGGCUUGCUAAAAUAUGCCUAAAUAUAUUGUUCUACGUAAAGCACGUCGGCCAAAGUUGGCCCCCCACAUUUUUACCACACCAAAUCUGGUGCCCUUUGCAAAAAGUUUGGACACCCCUGUUUUAAAGUAUACGCUAAUACAUUGAAAAUAUGACUGCUAAAUUAGCAUAUUCAACAGCAGUCACCAAAAUAAAAACACUUAAUGCGACAAGUGCUGGUGCUUCGAAAGCGGCGUUUGUAACUUGCGGCCAUCUUGGGAAGGGCGACCGUCGCACAGAAGUACAUAUUACGCAAUACUAGCCGAUACGAUGCCUGCAUUUUAAUCCCCUACCGAUACUAGUAUCAGUGCAACACUAAAUUCAACACACAAGACAAAACACCUCUUAUUUACAGUAUGUCUGUAAAAAUGUCACCAAGGCCUUUUUUGUUGGUUUUCUAUUUUGUAAUCUCAAUAAAAGCACAUGCACACAAAAGACUGUAAAAGAAGUCAACAGUAUUUAUAUCUUGCAUUCAGAUAUACAGCUUUUACAUUCGACAGGCAGAUUUGGACAUCUUAUAAAAGUGCAAACACAUUCUAACACCUUUAGUAUACUCACAUGACACAUUCGUUAAACUUAACGUUAUCACAGGUGAAAAAUACUGUUGUUCAUGUAAGUAAUUAGAGGAAUUAAACACAGCUGUGUUUUAAUUCAUCAGAUCGCAGCUGAGUUUCAUUAAGAGACCGUCCUUGUGUAGUUAUUAACUCACAUGCCAUUGACGAUGGUAGACGUCCAGUCUGUUUGAACGUCUACUAGAGACGAACCUGAUUGGAUGUCUAUCAUCGUGAAUGCCGCUAAAAGAGUUAAUAGACUACGCUGCCUCUGGUGGCGAAAGAGUGAACACCAGAAGGAGCAGCGCAAUGUCAGUGCACAUUAGCAUGAAGUCUUGAAUUAUUUUUUUUUUCACAUUCUAUUGAAUGUUGUUCCUGUAUGUUUUUAAGAAGUAUAAUACUGUCGAGUGCUAGUUUUCCUAUUAAAAAUGUGUUGAUAACAUUUUUUUGUUGGUGUGUUUUGAGUUAAGAGCGUAGUCUGGGAAAGGAUUACGCUCGUAAGGCACCGUUGUAUUGCAUUGUACUCAUGAUAACUGUUUUCUUAAAGAUAUUUUUUAAAGGAUAUUACUUGUCUUUGAUUGCAUUUUGAAUUGUAUUUAUUUCAAAUGUAUUCAAUAAGUGAUUUUAUUCCACUUGGAUUUAAUUUGAAAAAUAUAUUAAUUAUAAAAUUGUAUUUUUACGUUCACUUAUUUAUAAAUAGUCAAUAAAUUAUUAGGUUUUCCCAGUAUUUUUCCGCUGAGGGUUCCUGAGUGUACUUAAAUGUCUUGUCCGUUGCGUUCAGGUUCAGUUGGACGUCUCAAAGCGCUUCUUGGUCACCAUCAUGGCGCGCUUGAUUUGUUCGAAGGAGACGAACAUGACGACGUUCCACGAGCCGAGUCUCAGGAAGGACGGCACAAAGCUUUAAAAAAAAAAUAAAAUAUAGGAGGCAAAAUUAUGGGAUGGGGUGAGUGAUUUUGGCAGCCACUGUGGCCGUAAUCAGCCACAGUGGUAAUAAAAGGUAUCUGCACCUUUUGUAAUUUCUCACAUUUCGGCAUGAAAUCACCAUCAAAUGUGAUCUGAUCUUUGUCAAAAUCAUACAGAUGAAAAAACUCUGCUUUAACUAAAAUCACCCAAACAUUUCUAGGUUUUCAUAUUUUAAUGAGGACAGCAUUCAAACAAUGACAGAAGAGGAAAAAAUAAGUGAACCCUCUGCCUAAGGAGACUUAAAGAGAAAUUGAAAGUAAUUUUUACUAAAUAUAAGUCAGGUUUGUCCCCAAUCACUGAUGAGUUGUUUAAAGCUACCCUAUCCACUAUAAAACACACACCAGGUAAGAAAUGUCUUGAUGAGAAGCAUUGUCUGAUGUGCUCAGUCAAAAGAGCUGUCUUAAGACCUGCGAUCAAGGAUUGUUGAUUUGUAUAAAGCUGGGAAAGGAUACAAAACCGUCACUAAAAGUCUGGAUGUUCAUCAGUUGAAAGUCAGAAAAGUUGCCUACAAAUGGAGAGAGUUUGGCACUGUUGCUUCUCUCCCAAGGAGUGGCCUUCCACCAAAGAUGACGCCAAGAGUUCAGCUCAGAAUACUCAGAUAGGUGAAAAAGAACCCCAAAGUGUCUGCUAAAAACUUACAGGAAUCACUGGCCAAUAUCUCUGUGCACACAUCAACUACAUGUAAAACUAUGGCCAAGAUGGUGUUAAUGGGAGGACUCACGGAGGAAGCCAGUGCUGUCUAAAAAAAAAAACAUUGUUGCUUGUUUAAUAUCUGCAAAAAGGCACUUGGACACUCCACGGAAGUUUUGGCCAAAUAUUUUGUGGACUGAUGAAACCAAAGUUAAAUUGGUUGGGAGUAACGCACAACGUCAUUUGUGGAGGAAAAAUGGUACAGCUCACCAACAUCAACACCUCAUCCCCACCAUGAAGCAUGUUGGAGGGAGCAUCGUGAUUUGGGGCUGUUUUGCUUCCUCAGGGCCUGGACAACUUGCAAUCAUUAAUGAAAGAAUGAAUUCAAAAGUUUAUCAGGAUGUUUUGCAGGAAAACCUGAGACCGUCUGUCAGACAGUUGAAGCUAAAAAGAGGAUGGAUGCUGCAACAAGACAAUGAUCCAAAACUAGGGUUGUUCCGAUCAUGUUUUUUUGCUCCCGAUCCGAUCCCAAUAUUUCCCGAUCCGAUUGCAUUUUUUUUGCUCCCGAUUCCAUCCCAAUCAUUCCCGAUAAUUUUUCCCGAUCAUAUACAUUUUGGCAAUGCAUUAAGAAAAAAAUGAAUAAAACUCGGACGAAUAUAUACAUUCAACAUACAGUACAUAAGUACUGUAUUUGUUUAUUAUGACAAUAAAUCCUCAAGAUGGCAUUUACAUUAUUAACAUUCUUUCUGUGAGAGUGAUCCACGGAUAGAAAGACUUGUAAUUCUUAAAGGAUAAAUGUGACUUUGUAUAUUGUGACUAAAUAUUACCAUCUAGUGUAUUUGUUGAGCUUUCAGUAAAUGAUACUGUAGCCAU